UGCUCGUGCCAUGGCCGAGACGCCGACAAUUGCCGCCGCCACCACUACGGCCACUACGGUCCCUGUUGCCGCACCGGGCUCAAGCCCCGCCACAGACGCUGUAGACGCCCCAGGCCCGUUCCCGGACGCCGGCGUCCCGUCGGAGCACCUUGCCCAGGGCAUGUUCCAGCUGCUCAAGCCUGUGGUGGUUGAGGUCGACGCCCGCGUCCAGGACGCUUUGCCUCGCAGCAGGCGCUGACACAGCAGAUGGACACCCUUGCCCUCGAGCUGGAGAAGCUCGCCAACGCAAGCAACGCGCCGGUCCUCGAGCCGUACGUCCGCAAACUGACCGACUCGCGCAAGCGCAUCGGCAACAUCAACGGCACUCUGCACAACAUCCAGGACAGGCUUGACCGCAUGCAGGCCUCGGUCUCCGAGGUCAUCAAAGCUCGCCGCUCCUCUAUCGGCCAGCGUCCCGACGACGCCCCGGACGCCGCUGAGGCCGCUCCGGCCGCACCGUCUGAUGCUGCCGAGCCGGCAACUGAGCCUGCCACAACCGACUCUGCUGAUGCCGAGCCUGCUAGUGUCGAUGCCGAUUCAACCGCUAUCGAGCCUGGUGCCGACGAUGUGGCCCAGUAAACAUGAAGUCAUCACCUCCA